AUGCUCUUUGGUGCACCGUCGCAUCGAAUCGAAUCGCAGCUCAAUGCCACGGCAACCGUGCUCGAAGUCGAUGCUCAGUUCAUUCACUUCCCAGGCAUCGUCAUUGCCUCUUUCGGCGACUUUGAUUCGCACACGUCCGAAACACACUUCGUCAAGUCCAAGACAGAUCUGGCCUUGGGGUCUUUACACCGCGUCCAUCACGUCUACAAAAAGGUCGUCCACGACGAGAUGGGCGUCGAAGAGGGUGCAGAGGAGCUUACGACCAUUCUGCACGCCAAGCCCGUAUGGUCUGUCUCGAGUCGUGUCCUCUUCAGCUUCAUCAAAUGCUUUAUCAUGGCACCACUCUCCUUCGGAGGAAGCAUCGUUGAUGCGUGCAUCGCGGGUGUCUUUGGAGGCUUCCUUACGUUCCUUCAGCUUCACGUCGCCGGCAAGAACCAAAUGUAUUCGAACGUCUUUGAGAUCAGCAUGGCCAUCAUCAUUUCGUUUGUUUCCAGGGGUCUCAGCUCGACGGGUGUCUUCUGCUACCAAGCCAUUGCAAGCUCUGGCGUCAUUCUCGUCCUUCCUGGAUACGUCGUCUUGUGCGGCUCUCUGGAGCUGGCGAGCAAGAAUAUGAUUGCGGGAUCAGUCCGAAUGGUCUACGCCAUCAUCUACAGUCUAUUCCUCGGCUUCGGCAUCGCCAUCGGCUCGGACGUAUACUUCCUCCUAGACCCUGGUGCGCGCAAGACGAUGCACGUACCCCUUCAAACCAGCAGCCAGCAGCCAUUGACGCCCUGGCUCAACUUCCUCUUUGUCCCCGUCUUCGCCACACUUGCCUGUUUCAAUCUCUUGCAGCCUCUUCGUUCGCGCGAGGUGCCCGUCGCCGUCUUUAUCGCUUGUGUCGGAUGGGUCAUCAAUCGCGUCACCAAGACAUUCAUCUUUGACCGGUCUGACGUCGUCAGUGCCAUUGGCUCUUUCGCUAUCGGCCUGCUGGGAAACCUCUACAGCCGCAUUUUCAAAGGAACGGCAUUCACAGCAAUGACGCCCGCCGUCCUCUUUCUCGUACCAAGCGGCAUGGCCAUGGCGGGAGGUCUCGCCAUGACGUACAAGGGCUCCGAUGGAGACCUCUACUCUAAUGGCCUCUCGAUCGGCCUGCGCAUGAUACAAGUCUCGAUCGGCAUCACGACUGGCCUUUUUGCAUCGUGCCUUGUCGUCUAUGCCUUCGGUCGCAAGAAGGGCGCUGCACUCUUUGCAUUCUAG